AUGGAUAAAAAUGAAGAGAUUUGCAUGUUGAUUGCUGUCUAUUUGGAUCGGGUAACAUUUCCAUCGAUGGCUUUGGAUGAUCGUUUAACAGUUAGAAGCCAAUUAGUCGAAUUUGAACAAAAUGAAAACGAAGGAUUUCAAGAUUUUUUAGUGUCAUCAAUAGUUGCAUCAUCACGUGCCGAUAUACCAAUACGCACAACACUUUGUUCGGACAAUGUUAAUAAAAUUUUCAAGGUUUAUUACGAGAAAUUAUUAAAACAACUUAAAUUGGCUCCGGCAUAUCCAAGAGGCAGCAUCAAAGAAAAAUUUAUUGAAAUGACAAAAAAAUAUAAACUUAAUUACAAUUGUAUUAUUAUGGUGGGUAUCAGAUGUGCUGUUUUCUCAUUGGAAAAAUUUAGUAUCGGUAGCAAACGAGUAUCGCAGUUUAAAUGCUUAUCUGGAAGUGGUUCCGGACGAAGACCAACAUUGUCAAGUGUUUUGAGUGAUCUAUCCGGUACUGUUUAUGACUUUGAUGUGGUGGAAGAGAAUAAUGAAAAGAGAUGA